UCUUAUUCACGACAAUUGAUUUGACAUUUCCGGUUCUUCUUACCCAAGAAUCCAAAUUGAAACAGAAACCCAGUCGUUAUCUCUCUCUCUGUCUCUUAAUCCUCACAGUGUCUGUCCCAAGAUUGAAUUUUUCACGAAAGCCCCAACCAGAGAACCGAACAUCUUCUUGCUUCUCUCUGGGUCUGUUUGGUUGCCGAGAAAACAACGGAAAAACGAAGCAUACAUGCUCUCCAAACAGUAGACCAUAGAUUCCACAGAUUCUCACCAAACCCACAUGCCGAUUUUCAGUUCCCGCGUUCCUGUCGCCUCGAUCUCUGUUCUUCUUCUCCUAGGUAUUUUGGUGAACCCUACGAUCUCUGAUUCGAGAGGGACGACGGUGGGUCUGAUAUGCAGCAACAGGACGUCGGCGGCGGAGGACAGGAAUGUCUACAUCGACAACUUCUUGGCGGCCAUGGACGCCGUCUCGCCGCCCGUCGCCACCGACGGGUACGCGCGCGUCAACAGGGGAGGUGGGAACAACACCGUUUACGCGUACGGAGAGUGCUUGAAGGAUUUGGACAAGAAAGACUGUGACUUGUGUUUCGCCCAGAUCAAGACACAAGUCCCUCGUUGCUUGCCCUUCCAGCGCGCCACUCGCGGCGCGCGUGUCUUCUCCGACGGCUGCUAUAUCAGGUACGACGACUACCCGUUCUACAACGAAACCGUAAGCCCAGAAGACAGGACGGUUUGCGCGAACAACACCGUAACCGGUUUGAACCAGACGGUGUUCGGUGAAAACGCGGCGGAGCUGGUGAGGAACAUGAGCGUUCAGGCGGUGAACGGCGGCUUUUACGCCGGAUUUGUGGAUAGGCAGAACGUGACGGUUCACGGGUUGGCUCAGUGCUGGGAGCCACUCAACCGCAGCGGUUGCCAACAUUGUUUGGGUAAAGCCGCAAACGCAAUCGCUUCUUGUUUUGUUAGAGAAGAAGGUCGGUCUCUGAACGCUGGCUGUUACAUGAGAUUCUCCACUCAGAAGUUCUACAACAACUCUGGAGAUUCCUCUUCCGGUGGAAACAACGGGCGCAACCACCUGGCCGUGGCUUUGGCGGUGACAUCUUCAGUGGUGGCUUUUGUUCUGGUGGCCUCAGCUGUUACUUUCUUUCUGAAAAAGAAACUUGCCCGAAAAAGAAGAGAGAAGAAGCAACUGGGGUCAUUGUUCAGGAUGGCCAACAAUUCCAGUCUCUGUUUCUCCUACGAGACACUCGAGAAGGCCACCAAUUACUUCAGCCACUCCAAUAAGCUCGGACAAGGAGGCUCUGGCUCUGUCUAUAAAGGGAUUCUUCCCGAUGGAAAGACAGUGGCAGUGAAGAGGCUGUUCUUCAACACAAGACAGUGGGUGGAUCAUUUCUUCAACGAAGUCAAUUUGAUAAGCCGAAUCCAACACAAGAACCUUGUGAAGCUUUUGGGUUGCAGCUUAACCGGACCCGAGAGCCUUCUUGUCUACGAAUAUGUUGGGAAUCAAAGCCUUUACGAUUAUCUUUUCGUAAGGAAAGACGUCGAGCCAUUGAGUUGGGAGAAGAGGAUCAAAAUUAUUCUCGAAAUAGCAGAGGGACUGGCUUAUCUUCACGAGGAGUCGAAUUUGAGAAUCAUACACAGAGAUAUUAAGCUUAGCAAUGUCCUUCUUGAUUACGAUUUCACUCCCAAGAUUGCGGAUUUUGGAUUGGCCAGGUUGUUCCCUGAGGAUCAAAGUCACAUAAGCACUGCCGUCGCCGGUACACUAGGAUACAUGGCUCCGGAAUACAUUGUAAGGGGAAAGCUGACGGAGAAAGCAGACGUUUACAGUUUUGGAGUUCUGAUGAUCGAAGUGAUAUCCGGAAGGCGAAACAAUGCGUUUUCCCAAAACUCGAGCUCGAUCCUACAAAUGGUGUGGAGUCUGUACGGGACAAGAACACUGAGAGAGGCAGUGGAUCCAAUCAUGGGAGACAACUUCGACGUGGAAGAAGCGAAGAGGGUAAUGAAGAUCGGUCUGCUGUGUGUUCAAGCAGCGUUUGAUCAGAGACCGGCCAUGUCGUCAGUGGUGAAGAUGAUGACCGGACGUGAAGAGAUUCCAGAGCCGACACAGCCGCCAUUUCUGAACACGGCAAGUGCAGAGAGCAGCAGGGUUUUCUCUCCGACAAGUUACUUGCCGCAUAAAGAUCAGUCUCAGUCUUCCGCAUCUCGGAAUAGCAUCACUGAGAGCUUCAUGGAUCCCAGAUGAGAAUGUGAUUAGGACAUUGAUCGCUUUUUCUUUUAUGUACAUUUGUUAAUGAUCCGCGAGUUUCUUACAACAAAAAAAAAAGUUUUUUUUUCCACAGCAGAAACUUUAUUUCGUCGCCAUAAAAACUUUAUCAAAUCGAGUUCUAAAGUGGGUUAGUUUUUUUUUUCCCGUAAACAAAUAAAGUCGGCAAGAAUUUUCAGCGUUAAAAAGAUAACGCUGCAACCA